AUGGGGAGCACGGACGAGCUUGACAUAUCCGAGUACAGUCACCGCGCGAACGCGUCGCUGCACACGAGCGACAGCCGCCCCGACGCCUCCGCGCAGAACAGCUUCGAGGAGGUCGACGCGUCUCCGCCGCCCGUGACGGCGGCGCCCCCUGCCGGACGCGCGGACGACGGCCAGCCAUCGACAAUAAAGCGACAGCCGGUUGGGCGGGCAAAGUCUGACCUGCAGUGUCGCAGUAGCUCCCAGCAGCAGCAGCCCCGCCCUCAUGCCAGUGAGGCGCCCCUGCCGGUACACACGGACCCCCCGUAUCAUCGCAGCGCCUCCCAGCAGCUGCGCUUGGCGCCGGGGGGCGACCACGGGGUGGCAGCGUCUGACGCGCGGCAUCACGCAAAUGCGCAGCAGCGUGGCGAUGCGGCGACGCAGCCGGCUGCGCACUCUGGCGACGACGUGGAGCGGUUCUUCAACGAGAUGGGUAUUGAGCGCGGGGUCCUGCGCGGCGUGAUGGAGGUCGCCAGCCGCAGCUCUGUCUUCUUCGACAGCGUCAGUUCCGUCGACUCCAACAACGCGCAGACGGGCAUGCGCGCGGGCGGCGGCGCGCCGCGAGGGGGCGCCGGUCUGCGCGAAGGCGGCGGCACGCCACGAGGGGGCGCCGGUCUGCGCGAGGGCGACCUGGCGAACUUUGGCCGGACGGAGACGUCGAUAGUGGAGAAGAAUGCGAGAAUCAUCAAGUGGCUGAUAAACUGUCGUAAGGCGUGCAGCGUCGUCGUAAAGUAG